UACGAUUUAAGAAAUAUUUUUAAGAAAAACUUUAUUAAAUUAAUUAAUCCAAUUUUAAAUUUCCCGCGCUAAUUCAAAUAUAAACAUAACCAUAAAUGACCACACAUAACCUAAAAAUGUCCAAUUUUGGUGUUUUAAACCGUUUUAAUCUUUAUUAUCGUUUUAAUAAGUGAAAAUGUGAUUAUAUUUUAAAUCCUAUCGUAAAAAGUGAUUAAAAUAAGUGCAUCAAACUAAAUAAAAGUAAAAAUGGCACAACACUCUCAAAAUAAAGAAAAGGGUAUAAAGAAAAUGAAGCAAGGCAUGUCAUACUCGUGUAAAGAGAAAACGAUAAUUUUAAACGUCUUCAAAUACUUCAAACAAGAAUACCCAGAAAUAUGCGUUACGGAAGUCGUUCGAAGGACUGCAAAAGCAACUGGGUGUAGUGAAAAAAGUGUUUUUCAAUUUCGAAAAGAAGAGGCGAGCGUCGAAGGUUUUAAAGAACCAUCUAAAACGAAGAUUCGUAAAAAUAUUAAUAUAAAUAGCAGAGAUAUUAAGUACGAUAAUUCCGUUCGACAAUCUAUAAAAGAGAUUAUUUACGAUUUAAAAUAUCGCGGUGUUGUUCCUUCUUUGAAUACGAUUCGUAAACGAAUCAACGAAAACGAAAGUUUACCAAAAUUUUCGUUGAUGACUUUAAGGAGAUUAUUAUUUGAUAUGGGGUUUUGUUACGAAAAAAACGGAAAUAAAUCGAUUUUGGUUGAAAAAGAAAGCGUGGGUGCUAAAAAUAAUGAGUUAAAAAAGGUGAAAAGUGAUCAACGAAAAAUUAAUUUGAAUCAAAGUGAGAAUAAAAUUAAUAGAGAUAAGCCCCAAAUGCAAGUGAUUCAAAAUAGGGUUAAUAAUGUUAUGAAUUCUUCGCAAAAUGAUUUUGUUCAUAAUGAAAAUUUGGAAAAUCGAUUUCCUUUAUAUUUUAGACAGUCUGAAAAUAAUGUAAAUCAUGUUUCAAUUCAAAAUCAUCAACAUAAUGUUCCAUUAAUGGUUAAUCAUAGAAAUGAAAUUAUUUCUCAUACUGGUAAUGUUAUGAGUAACUUAAAUCAUGUACCGGGUAAAUGUGAUUGGAUAAAUCCACCUCCACCUCAUAACAAUUAAAGUAUAUAAUUCGCUUAUUCUAAUAUUGUAUCAUCAGAUCCAUUCUAAAUAAUAAGUUGCCAGUAAGAUGUAUUAGUUUUCAGGGAUUAAUGAUUAACUGUGUAAUCUUGUAUAGGGUCUGUCAGGAAGAGCUGAGUCUAUAUGUAUAUGACAAACUACUGGCACGAAUUUUUGAGAUCAUCACUAAAUUUUGAAAUUAUAGAACUAUCAUAUGUCUAGAGUCACCAUUUUUGAGUUAUUUCAGUUUUUUCGAAAAUUCGAAAACUUGCACAGAGAGGACCCAUAGCUAACAUAAUCUUUGAAAAUUUGUUUUUAAAGUUAUACAGGUGGUCAGAAAUUUGCACCGAAUUUCCCUAUCUCAAAACGUCAAAAAGCUAAUUUUUUUAAAUAGCAACCUCAUUUUUUUUUCACCACCCUAUUGUUCGCUGAAAAAUAAGGGGACUUUGUCAUUGCAUCUCUAUAUCAUAAUGCUAGAGUACACCAUUUUUUAGUUAUUUCAGUUUUUUCGAAAAUUUUGGCAGAUGCAACCCUUCACAAUAUACAUAAUUUUUCGAAAUUACAUUCGAGUAAGGCCCAAUAUGUUUAGUGCUUGCACAGAGAGGACCCAUAGCUGACAUAA